CUGAUCGGUGUCAGGCUGAAAAGGAAGGUGUAACCACCGGAUCAGAGCAUCGGCUACAAUGAAGCUACCACUGGAAGCGGAGGACGCAACAAGCAAGAAAAAGUUAAUAAAAUCUCAGGUGGAGAAACGUCGAAGGGAGAGAAUGAACCGCAGUUUGGAGCGUCUGAGGACCAUGCUGCUGCAGGAGCCGCACGAAGGGGGGACUCAGCACCGAGUGGAGAAAGCUGAGAUACUGGAGCACACAAUCCUCUUCCUCCAGAACACUGCCACAGGCGAAAAGGCGACAGGUGGAGGUGGGAGCCGGAAAAGCUCCUUCCAAGACGGUUUCUCCACUUGCUUGCAGACAGCGUCUCGGUUCCUGGGCCCCGAGGGGAAAAGGUCGCAGCUCGGAUCGGCGCUGGACGCAGCUUUCGCUGCUCGUUUGGCCCGUUCACACUCUCAUCCUGCGGGUCUGCAAAGCAGAAACUUUAUGCCACACGCAAAGUUCAUCCUGCGGAUGCUGAGACAGAAGUCCAAGCUCAGACUGCGUGCACGUGCCUCGGGGGAGAAACUCUUUGUCCGACCUUACCCACUUCCACUCCAGCAAAGGCUUCCCAGAGACACCAAACAGCCUCUGAAACAAAGGGAGUCUGAGAUCAGGGCGGAGAAAGGAGCGACCAAACAGAGCCCAUCCCAGAGCUCCCCGGACAGCCAGACUUUGUGGAGACCCUGGCCCUGAUCAUCAGGCAGGGACUUCGGAGCUAUCAGUGACUAAAGACUAUUUACACCGAAAUAUUUGACACUGACUGUUGGUAUCUAUAUGCUGUAACUGAAAAUACUUGUAGUCUUAUAAAGACACAAACUCUCAGAGCCUGUAAAUAAUGUAAAUUCAUGUUUUGUACCUGGGCUGUAUGUGUGAUGGGUUAAUUCACUGUUUUAAAUACUUUUCAAUGAGCUCUGUCAGCGGGGCAUCCAUGUGAUCUGCUUACACAGGGACUCUACGGGAUACAGGUGAGCUGGGAUCGCUGUGCCGAAGAGCAAGUGAAGAGGUGAGUAUCACGAAGAUGAACAGAUUCCGUCCUCAUUGAUGCACUGCUUUAAACCGCUGCUGUAUCUGCUGUCAUGAUCCAGGGGUGUGCUGCCGUAGCGGAUAAUGACCGAGUGUCCAUCCGUCACAUUUCCAGGUGUGGAAGCUCGGGGUUUGAGGCUGGGGGACCCACGCAACCCCCCCAUAUUCACCUGCCUGCUGGCAUGAGUGACAUCUGUGUCUCUGUGUACAAUCUAACUUGAAUUCAAUCUGACGAUAAAUCUUGUAUUUUUUGCACAAUAAUUUAU